AUGCUACAGACUCAGCAAGAGAAAAAUCUAUAUGUGAAGUUGUCAAAGUGUGAGUUCUGGUUGCGUGAAGUGAGCUUCCCUGGUUACGUGAUUUUGAUUGGUGGUAUAAUAGUUAAUCCAUCUAACGUAGACGCGAAAGUGUGGUGGGAGGCCCAUAAGUCUGUUACUGAGACCAAAAGAUUUCUUGGUUUGGUUGGUUAUUACAUAAGAUUCAUAGAAGGCUUUUCGAGGUUAGCCUUACCUUUGACUCAAUUAUCUCAAAAGGGGAAAGCUUUUGUCUGGGGUGCUCAUUAUGAGGAAAGCUUUCAAGAGCCGAAGAAGAGGUUGAUGAUAACUCUAGUUUUGGUUCUACCAAAUGCUAGUGAAUCCUUUAUGGUGUUUUGUGAUUUUUCAAAGAGGGGCCUGGGAGGCAUGCUCAUGCAAAAAAAGUAA